AUGGGAUUUCAGUCCGACGAUAGUUUCCCAUCCAUUAACCAUGGCAUGAGGUCUACUUAUCAAGAUCGGGCUAGACUAAAGGUGCUGCAACAGGCCCAUGCCAGGGAGAUGGACAUUAUCCUCCGCCCGGUCCAUACGGAGCUCGCCGCCCUACGCUCAAGCUUUGCUGACUAUGCGAGGAGAAGUCAUAAAUAUCUUCCAACACGAGAUAAGAUACAAAUGAGGUCCAGAAGACGCCGAAUUCAACUAUCCGACGCCCGUCGAACGCUGAAGGAUCGACGGCAAAAAUUCCACGGACUGGUCGAUGAAGCGAAUAGGAAGACCAUGACGGCCUAUGAAGCAUACCGUAAAUCGGCCGAUUCAGCCUUGGAGGUAGCUCUCGACGACGCCCUCAUCCGUGCUGAUUCACGAGAUAGUUCCAUGCUCUGUGCCAUGCUGAAGAGGCGUACCCAAGGCCUCGAGUCUAUCUUAAGGACUAGACUGCCGAAAUAUGAGGAUGUUACCGACAUCCCUUAUAAGUCUCGAGUGAACAAAGGCACUACUCAACAGCCCCCAGCUGCCGCAUUCUGCCAGAGGCUCAUUCGAACAAGAUCAUACAGUUCGAUCGGCCGUAUACCACAGCCCGGCCGCGUCUCGACAUGUACGACCCCUCAACCGAGUUUGACGAGAGCUACUACGGUGCCUAACUCUCUGAUACCCCGCCCCCUCCGUGAGACUUGUUCCAGUGAGCCAGGGCCUAGGACGGGACGGGAUGCCGAUAUGGCUGAGGUGAUGAUAACUGAUAUCGGCCUGUAUGACGAGAGGAUGCUCGAGGAUCUGCGACGUGGUAUUAAUUACCUCCCUAAGGGAGAGUCCAGACCGGCUAGUGUCAUUUCCGUCGACUAUGACACCAAUAAGGUCGAGACCAACACUCGGCCGUCAACAAGCUUUCCACUCUAUCGCCCUCCGGAAGAAUCCCAGACCCUUCAGUUGUUGAAGUUCAUGAGAAGGAAGCUCGUGGCCGCAGCUGAGUCCCUCGGGAUGGGAAAUGGUUGGAGAGACUUAUUUGUCAAAUGCGAUACAGAUUAUUCUGGAGAGCUCAGUCCGGGCGAGAUACUCAAGGCAGUUCGUGUCAACCUACGCAUACCAACUACUGUCCUCACAGACAAGCAAGUGAUGGUGUUCGUCCGACAAAUCGAUACUAACGAGAAUGGUACAGUGAGUUUGAAGGAGUUGAUGCAGUUCAUGGGAAAGGCAGCCCCUGUGGUGCCGAUAGAGACUGCCCUUGAGGAUCGCGUUCGACAGGUUCGGCGUCAAGCUCGAGAACAGUUGCAUCUCACUAUGAGCAGGGUAAGGCGGUAUAUGAGGGCGGCGAGGGCGACCCAUAAGUUGACCCUGGAGGGCCUCUUCGGGAAGUACGAUAAGGAUGGUGACGGUACGUUGUCACUACGAGAGUUCCAGCAAGCCCUACGGGAGGACCUAAAGCUGGACCUUUCGGAUGCUAGUGACAAGGACAUCGUCGCUGUCUACGCCCUCUUGGACGGUGACGGCACAGGAAGCAUCGACAUUGAGGAGCUCAAAACCCUUAUCCGGGUUGACAACCCAAAGAAGGUGAAGCCCGCUCCAAAGCCCUUAUAG